AUGGCUUCAAAUCCUCAGUUUCUGCUGGAUGAUCAAACGGACGAGGAUUUCUUCGACAAACUUGUUGACGAUGAUGAUGAUGAUUCCUAUCCUCCCAACGUUUCAUCUUCUGCUAAAGAGGUGAAAUUCGAGAGUGACUCCGAUGAUGACGCUAAAGCGUUUGCGAGUCUCUCUCUGGGUGAUGGAGAUGAUGGGGGAUUGAAUGAAUCAGUAGACGCAGGGAAGGAUGUUGCAAUCGAGGGUGGAAGUGGUGAGCGUUCAUUCAUUCCUGUGGAAGAAGCUGUUAGAAACGAGGGUCUAAGUAGUUCGCUGGGAAAGGAGGAGCCUUUAUCAGUUCCUGUGAAAGAAGCUGUCAAUAGUGAUGCAAAUAAGUUAGGCGAUGAUGUGGUGGUGAAAUCGGAAGAUAAGGCGUUAUUAUCUGAAACAGUGAAAGAAAGUGGGAGUCCUGGGGUUAAGGAGGUUGAUUGGGGCUCUUUUUGUGCUGAUUCAUCUGUGAAUCACGGCGCCUUUGGUUCAUACUCUGACUUCUUCACAGAGUUGGAGGGGUCUACAGUAGAUGUGGCAAAUGCGGGAAACAUUUUAUCUAAUGAUACACAAAACGCAAGUUUUGGUUUUGAGCAACAUCAGGGUGAAGUUAAUCAUGAUUCUACAAGUGGGCAGUACGUUGAUAACAGUCAAGAUUGGGAAAAUAGCUAUCCUGGAUGGAAAUAUGAUGCUAAUACUGGCCAGUGGUAUCAAGUUGAUGGCCAUGAUGAUGCAAGUAUGAAUGCACAUGAAAGCUCUAUAUCCUCAACGAGUAACUGGGAGAGCGGCGUUGCUUCUACUGAUAACUCCAAUGUUGCUUAUAUGAAACAGAGUACAACAUCUGCAGUGGCUGGCACAGCUGAGAGUGUGUCUACUUGGAACCAGGUUUCAGAAGUGGGAAAUGGAUAUCCAGAACACAUGGUCUUUGACGCACAGUAUCCCGGGUGGUACUAUGACACCAUUGCUCAAGAAUGGCGCUCCCUGGACAGCUACAACCAGGUUUCUCAAGCAACUGGAACUGGUCAAGCUCAGAACGGCCAUGCUCUUGGAGCUAUGUAUCACAAUAAUACCGAGGGUAACAUUUAUAACAUUAAUGGUACAAGCCAGGCGCAAGACUUUGGUAUACAGAACCAACAGGGAAGCUGGGACAAAUCUUACAAUGCCAACAAUCAGCAGCAGGCUACAAGCACAUGGCAAUCAGAAAAUGGAGGUAAUAAUGAGGCAUCUGUCUCAUUUUCACACUUCGGAGGAAACCAGCAAAUAAAUAGUUUGUACAGUACGGAAUCUAUGGCUGAACAGUUUAAGCCAAAUGAGAAUGGAACUCAAGGCUUCAUCCCUCAGCAUAUGAAUGUGGCUGAACAGUUUAAGCCAAAUGGGAAUGGAACUCAAGGCUUCAUCCCUCAGCAUAUGAAUGUGGCUGAACAGUUUAAGCCAAAUGAGAAUGGAGCUCAAGGCUUCAUCCCUCAGCAUGUGAAUGUGGCUAGUGUCACGCAGCAUGGACCACUGAGUUUCUCAAACAAUUUCUAUAAUAGACAGAACUCCGUAGAUGAGUCUCAGCAGUCAUAUCAGAGCAAACAGCUUUUCUCCCCAAGUGUAGGAAGAUCACCUGAUGGGCGUCCACCACAUCCACUUGUGAGUUUUGGCUUUGGUGGGAAGCUCAUUGUUAUGAAGGAUAACGGCUCUCUCCAGAAUUCAUCAUUCGGAAGUCAGGGGGCUGGGGGAAGCUCUAUAUCUGUCCUAAACUUGGCGGAAGUUACUUCUGGGAGUGCUUCUUUUUCAAGUCUUGGGGAAGACUCUUCGAGUUAUUUUCGUUCUCUGCAUCAACAAUGUCUUCCAGGUCCCUUGGUUGGAGGAAGUGUUGGAAGUAAAGACUUAAAUAAGUGGCUUGAUGAGAGUAUUUUAAAUUGUGAAUCUUCUGCAAUGGACUUUUCAAGAGGGAAGCUUUUAAAAAUGCUUCUUUCUUUGCUUAGAAUAUCUUGUCAGUAUUAUGGGAAACUCCGGUCUCCUUUUGGGACUGAUACAACGCAAAAGGAAACGGAUUCUGCUGAAGCAGCAGUCGCGAAACUUUUUGCAUUUGCCAAGCAAAAUGGCGUUCAAAAUGGUGGCUAUGCUCCUUUAAGCCAAUGCUUGCAGCAAUUACCUCCUGAAUCACAAAUGCAAGUAACUGCUUCUGAGGUGCAAAAUCUUCUGGCUUCUGGUAGGAAAAUGGAGGCUCUGCAAUGUGCACAAGAAGGCCAUUUGUGGGGACCAGCGCUUGUUAUCGCAGCACAGCUUGGGGAUCAGUUCUAUACUGAUACUGUGAAACAAAUGGCCCUUCGCCAGCUGGUUCCUGGGUCACCUUUGCGAACAUUGUGCUUGCUGGUUGCGGGGCAACCCGCUGAAGUGUUCUCAAAUAGCAGUACAAGCGGUAUCAAUUUUCCAGGUUCCGUAAGUGCGCCUCAACAUCAAACCCAGUUUGGAAGUAGUAGCAUGCUUGAUAAUUGGGAAGAAAAUUUGGGUAUAAUAACUGCUAACAGAACCACAGAUGAUGAGCUUGUGAUUACUCAUCUUGGAGACUGCAUGUGGAAAGAAAGGAGCGAGAUAAUUGCGGCGCAUAUUUGCUAUUUAAUCGCGGAUAAGAACUUUGAUCCAUACUCAGAUAGUGCCAGGCUCUGCCUUGUCGGAGCAGAUCACUGGAAAUAUCCUAGAACUUAUGCAAGUCCGGAGGCUAUACAGAGAACAGAGUUAUACGAAUACUCUAAGACGCUGGGAAACUCUCAGUAUAUCCUGUUACCGUUUCAACCAUAUAAAAUCAUAUAUGCCCAUAUUUUGGCUGAAGUUGGCAAACUUUCGGCCGCACAGAAGUACUGUCAAGCAGUAUCGAAGUGUCUCAAGACUGGCCGAUCAACGGAAGUGGAAACAUGGAAACAGUUUGUUUCAUCACUGGAAGAGAGAAUCCGUUUCCACCAACAGGGCGGGUAUACUGUGGCCCCAGCAAAACUUGUUGGAAAACUUCUCAACUUUUUUGAUAGUACAGCACAUCGUGUUGUUGGGGGCAUGCCACCACCUGCACCUCAUUCAACAUCAGGAAACCUACAUCCAAAUGAGUACCAUCAUCAACAGCAGGAGGCGACUAAGUUACCCUAUAGCCAAUCUGCUACUACAAUGCAAGCAUUGACGUCACAUGCCUCAAUGGAACCAAUACGAGAGUGGGGUGGGAACUCAAGGACGAUGGCAGCACAUUCUAGAAGUGUCUCAGAGCCAGAUUUCGGUAGGACGCCAAUACAGGAUCAGCCUGACUCCUCCAAAGACAAAGCUACUGAUGGGGUGACACCGGUGAAAUCAACCGUGAAUGUGACAAGUUCGCGGUUUAGCUUUGGUUUUGGCAUACUGAAGAACACCGUAAGAAGAGUCUUACCAUCUCGGCCAUCUAAAGAGGCAAAACUGGGUGAUGAGAAUCAAUUUUAUUAUGACGAAAAAUUAAAGAGAUGGGUGGAGAAAGGUGUAGAACCCCCAGCUGAGGAAGCUGCAUUGCCUCCUCCUCCAACAGUAGGCACAUACAGAAGCAACUCACUGGGUUAUGAAAACAAAUCUGACAUGAAGAACGAGAUGUCUCCACCUAGUGGGAGCUUGACGGGAAUCCCACCAGUCUCACAGGGCUCGAAUCCAUUCUCAGCUCGUACACGUUCAAGGAGCAGAUACGUGGACACCUAUAAUCCAGGCGGUGGAAACACUCAGACAAUGUUUCAGUCAGCUCAUGCAAAAUCUGCUAAGCCACCAAUCCCUGCAAAAGCAAAUUUCUUCAUCCCAGCAGCACCUGCAUCAUCAUCAUCAUCAACUUCAAACGACCAGGUAACCGAGAUGGCUGCUGCUGAAACCAGACAAGAGUACUCAGCAGAAGAAGAAGUAGCCGUCUCUGAAGGGUCUCCAACACCAAGCCACUCUUCAUUCCAGUCGCCGACACAAUCUCCAAUGACAAUGCAGAGAUUUCCAAGUCUAGAUAACAUCAGAAGAAGUGGAUCAGGAACGAGUCUUAGUGGUGAUUUUCCUCCGUCAGGUUCAAGAAGAACAGCUUCAUGGAGCGGAAGUUUGAACAGCUCAUAUACAUCUCCAACGGGUCCAUCAAACCUAAGACCAAGCCCACUUAGCAGCAGCGGCAGCCUUGGAGAGGAGCUUCAAGACGUGGAACUGUAA